UGUGUGGAAGCUUGGGGGGAGCUAGCUGCCUCCGUGUAGCUUCAAGCUGUUGCAGCUGUUGAAUUAGCAACGCAGUUUGGAAACAAGACCGGGGAACCGCUGCGUUAAGACACGAUAACAUAAGCAUUAUGACCCGCUGGGUGUCACUUUAUUCAGCAAAAACCAUCAUUAACAUCCUUUUUCUGUUAGUUGCCAUCGUUCACUGUGUGUGAGGAGCCGGGAGGACGUAAAUAAACCAGCGUGGACUUCUUCUAUAUACCUCAUGAGAUGUCUCCCUCUUUUUUGGAUUUAAAAAUCAUCUCCAGCCGGAUCUCAGUGAGGGUGACUUCAGGUCAAGAAAACUGCCAACCUGCCAUUCAACAUGAAUCUGAGAAGUAAACAUUUGGAGGCUGCACCUUUGUUGAUAUUUUUGGUCAAAGUCUUCAGUGUGACUACGCUGAUUUGUCGUGAACCUGAGUAUCAGAUAGGGAAAGAAUGCUGUCCUGUUUGUCCCUCUGGAAAUCGUGUUAAAACACACUGCACGGAGUUCAGGAGCACUUCCUGUUUGCCCUGUGUGAAUGACACCUUCAUGAAUCUUCCGACUGGACUUAAAAAGUGUUCCCCCUGCACGACCUGUGGUCCAGAUUCUGGUCUGAAGAUACACACUUCAUGCACAGCAACAACGGAUUCAGUUUGUGAACCUCUGGAAGGAUUCUACUGUAUAAAACCCAUAGGGAACCACUGUGCAGCAGCACAGAAACAUAAACAAUGUCAACCAGGGCAGUACAUCAAAUACAGAGGAACAGCCCUCACAGACUCUCAGUGCUCUGACUGCAGUGAUGGAACAUUUUCUGAUGGGAAGCGUACGUCUUGUCGACCACACACACAAUGUGAAUCACAAAACCUUCAGCUGAUGAAACCAGGAACACCUUCAACUGACGCUGAAUGUGGAAAUUUAAAAAAGGCACCAACUGCAAUCAUCGUUUUAGUGGUUGUUUUGGGUCUUUUGGUGGUUGGUUCAUUAGUCGCCUGGUUUUUGUGGAAAAGACAUCUUGCAGAAAAAAGGUUGCUCUAAAUAAAUAAAUACCGCUGUGACACUGGUGCCUGAUUCUGCCUGAUGGAUGCAGGCGAAUGGAAGGAUGAGGAGGAAGCGAGGGUUCAGCGUUGACUGAUCAGCUGAUAUAGAUCCUAUUGAUCUGUGUGAUCUUUGGGCUGAACUGAGUUCAGUAUCACUUAGAUCGACCGACGGAACCGAACUAUCCCAGUACAAACACAAGUAUAUAAUAUAUAUUUUUUUAAAUUCUAUGUAUUGAUACAUCUCAUCUGUCUCUGAAUUUAACUAUCAUUUCAUACUCUAGAAAUGAAUUGAUAGCUUUCCUGUAUUGUGUUUAAAUUCAAAUUCAUAAUGACAGUUAGCAGCACAACAACAUCGGUAAGAAUAAUGAUGGUGAUUAUUAUAAUGAUGAAGCAGAUGGCAACAUUCAAUAACAGAAACAUGCUAUGUGAUUUACAAGUUGACAUUCUAACUCUGAUGUACAGUAUAAGAAAUGUCCUCCACCCAUGUCCUGUGAUGAGUCCUGUGGAGUGCGGGGUAGUAAAGGUAGUUGGGAAAAGAAAAAGUUAUGACACAAGAAACUAUUUUCAUAACUACGUAAUGUGUAUUAAGAUAGGAGGAAAUUCUGUGCAUUUCUAUUAGCGGAAUGUCCUAAAACAUCAAAAGUGUUAUAUAUGUAUAUAUUUUCUCAUCCUUUCUCUUCUUCCUUGACGGACUAUUGUUACCCAGCUUGCCUCUAGGGGGUGCGCGAGAGGAAACAUUUAAUUGUGCUCUUUCCUCAUCCCUCUCCCUCUCUGUCUUGCUGUCGGCUGAGCUACCUGCGCUGCACUUGAAAUCCUCAAAUGGAUCAUCUUUUUUAUCCGUAUCUGUUUCUGAGCCUAUGCAUGUGCCGGUCUUUGUAAUUUGACUCAGAUUAAUGGUGUUCUAAUUUUCGAUACAAAUGUUUGGUUAAUUGUAUAUUAAAUUUAAUGCAAUUUUUCCUUAUGCAGCUGAAAAUAUGACAGCAUUUUUCCCAUAGACUGUAUUUUUCCCUAUGUUCUCUCUUGAUGGGCAAAUCUGCCUAUGAGUGACUCUUGUAAUUACAUUUAUUGAAACUUUGUUGCAGUGUUUCAGUUUUAUUCGAAUGUGAGAGCGCAUUGUUGCGAUCUCCUGAUUAUUUUGUUAUGUGUGUUCUGAUCAUGUGUUCAUGAUAAAAGAUGAUGCUUUAAUGCGGCUGUAAA